ACAAAUAUGGCUGCCGGCUAGACGUCUUCCUAACUGUUGAAUAUUAAGAAAAACGUUCAAUUCGUUACUUAAAUAAUGGUGGCACGUUGUUUGAUUCCGUUUGGUAUUGUAUUAAUUGGAGGUAUUACGUAUGGCAUUAUAUUAGCAUUAAGACCCUAUUUUCAUAAAGCAGAUGUUGUGAUUCCAUUUCAGAAUCUCACAAAUAGCACUAAAAAUGAUUCCUACAUCGCUUUCAGAAUUCACUCUUAUGAUGAAAUGUUUGAAAAGAAUAAUUUGUCACUCGGGAUAUUAAAUCACACUGUGACAGCCUUCCCACAUAUUCCUGGACUAAGCAGAGGUGUUCCUCCACAAUGUAAAGAUCCUACUUUUGCUUGCCAGGAUUUGGCAAGUGCAAGGCUAUGCAAUGCUGUCAGCGAUUGCAUCCAUGAUGUAUGGUCUAACAUCCGAGUUCCUGAACCUAAUGAUGAAGUGUGUGAUAUUUGCAAAGAAAUGGUAAAGGAAGCUAGGGAUCAACUGCUGAGUAAUAUGACUCAAGAGGAAAUUAAAGAAGUAUUUGAAGGAAGUUGUAAAUUAUUGCCUAUUAAGCUUGUUGCAGAUGCUUGCAUUAAGGUAGUUGAUGAAAUUAUCCCUCAACUUGUUGAAAUGCUAGCAUCAAGAAUGGAUCCCACAAUGGUGUGCACUGUUUCAGGAAUGUGCUUUUCAACUGGCACACCUGCUGAACAUCGUAUAUUGAAAAUUGUAGAAAUAAUUCUUUCAAAGGACAAAGCUUCCAAAUGUGCUGAAUGUCAAUCAUUAGUAACUGAUGCCCAGAGAUUUUUGAAGGAUACUCCUGAAUCUGAAGUUGCCAAUUACCUUGAAAAAUUCUGUUUCCAAAAGAUGCCAUCUUAUUUAUGUGACUUGGUCAUUAAACACUACAUGCCUGAUAUUUAUACCUAUUUAAAAGCCACUCCUGCCUUGACCGUAUGUAUAUCUGCUGGAGUUUGUACAAAGAACUGUGAUUUGGAAAACCCAAAAGUAGAAGAUGAACUGACCUGUGAAUUCUGUUACCAUGUUUUGGAACACGUUAAGGAUUUGAUGACAACAAACACUACUGAAGAAGAAUUUAGAACUGCCUUAUUGAACUUCUGCAAACACACUGGAUCAUUUUCAACAAAGUGCACCUCAUUUGUCAAUAAUUAUUAUGACAAGCUCUUUGAUUACAUCAGAAAAUUGGAUACCAAAGGAAUGUGUACUCUUAUUGGACUUUGUGGUAAUGACUCAUGCUCUAAAAUGACACCACUUGUAAAAGUCAUUCCUGCAUUUGAGCCCCGUAGAAAAGUUCCACUAUUUAAGCUUCAACCAGCUCAAAAGAUCACCAAAGAGGACAUCAUUCCUCUUGUCAAGCUCUUUCCUGCCAAUGUUCUGACCAAAAAAGAAAUGAAAGAAACCAAUGAUAUCUUCCAGCCUCUUCUCCCUCUGGAGAAAUUUGUCCAUCCUAUAUUGGAGCAAGAUACUGAAUGUGCCCUGUGUAAAGCAUUUUCUUUCUACCUAGAAACUGAUCUGGCUGGUGAUAAGAGUAAGGAUGGUGUUCGACAUACUAUUGGAGAAGUGUGUGGUAAAUGGAUGGUAGAGUACCCAGAUCACUGUGCCAGAAUAACUCAGAAAUACUCAAUGAGAAUGCAGUAUGCUAUUGCUGAGGGAGUAUCAUUUGAAGAUUUGUGCUCAAAUGUUAAAGCUUGCGCAUUAAAUGACAAAAGAAAUGAAUUGAAACAAAUAAUUGAUGUGAAAAAAGAAGGUCCUUUCUGUGAUUUGUGUAAAGAUGCAAUGAAUGAAGUGGAAAAGCAACUUAGUGACCCUGCUACGAAACAAAAGUUAAAAGAUCUGUUGGAUCAAGGUUGCAAUGUUCUACCUCAAAGCAUGCGAGAUGAUUGCACUAAUUUUCUCAAUUCCAACAUUGAUGCUCUCAUUGAUAUCUUAGAACAAGAGUUGCAACCAAAUAACAUUUGUCCUGCUCUCAAAUUGUGCUCAGAACCGAGAAUUUCUGCUCCCCGAAGAGUCAAAGAUCUGGAAUGUGACGUUUGCAAAAGUGUUGUGACCUCCUUCAGACAAAAACUUGAGGAUCCAAAUUCUAAAAAAAUUAUCUUGACAUUCCUCGAAGAAGGAUGUAUUCGCUUGCCCUCAUCACUUGCUGCCGAAUGUAAAAAAUUUGUAGAUGAAGAGAUUGAUACCAUCAUAAGCAUUAUCGUUCAAGAAAUGGAUCCAGAUAGUGUUUGCGGCAUCCUGAAAAUUUGCCCAGAAUCACUGGUAAAGAGAGUGAUGAAUCCUAUUAAGGAUGUAGAAUGUGAACUAUGCAAAGAAGUUGUGAGUAAAGUAGAAGAUAUGGUUAAAGACAAAAAAACUGAGGAUGAAAUUAAAGCUGCUCUUGAUAAAGUAUGUUCUUACUUGCCAUCCUCCAUCGCAUCAAGGUGUGAGACCUUUGUUAAUCAAUACACGGAUAUUCUGAUAGAGCUCUUGACUCAAGAAUUGGACCCUCAAAUGGUGUGUGCUGAAUUGAAAGUUUGCCCCUCCUCCAUAAGAAUAGAGAAACCCAAGAGACUAAAAAGUUUAGAAUGUGACUUAUGCAAAGAAGCUGUUACAGAAGUGGAAAAUCUUGUUAAAGAUGAGAAAACUGAAGAGGAAAUCAAAGCUGCUCUGGAGAAAAUGUGCUCAGUUCUGCCCUCCAAAAUAGCUGCUAAAUGUCAAUCAUUUGUUGACAAGUAUACAGCACUUGUGAUCACUCUGCUAUCUCAAGAAUUAGACCCAACUAUGGUGUGUGCAGCUUUGAAUGUUUGCCCUGCUGUUGAACACCCAUCAGAAACCCAGUUAAAAAGUUUAGAAAAAGUCCAAGAUAUUGAGUGUGAAAGCUGUAAAGAAGCUCUGCAUUAUCUUCAAAAUGAACUCAUGGAUCCUGAGACUCAAAGUGAAUUGAAGAAUGUGGUGAAGAAAGUGUGUUCAAUUCUACCUGGAAAACUCGAGACUAACUGUGGUGCCUUUAUUGAUGAAUAUGGCUCAUCUCUUCUUACACUCAUUGCUCAGGAAAUUGACCCAAGUGUUCUCUGUGUCAAGGCUCAGCUCUGCUCAAAUACUUCAGCUCAUUUUGAGAAAAACGUGGAAUUAAACAAGUUCGGCCUGGAUGAGUGCUCAGUGUGUACAACUGUCGUGGAUUAUUUGGACAAAUUGCUGGAGGAAGACGAUGUUGAUAAGGAAAUCACACAAGUUGUUGAAAAAGUUUGCACUGUUUUACCCUCUUCUUUCAAAGACAAAUGUGCCACCAUGCUUGAAACUUACGGCCCUUAUUUAUUGCAAAUGAUUGGUCAAUUAGCAGACAGCAAACAAGUGUGCCAGGAUAUUGAUUUGUGUGCACGUUCACCCACCAGCGUCCAUUUGAUUGGUGGUAGCAAAUGCACUUUUGGUCCAUCCUAUUGGUGCAAAUCCUCAGCUCAUGCAGCUGCUUGCAAGGCUGAAACAUAUUGCAAAAAUCAAGCAUUGAAAAAUUGAUAGGCAUCUUCUUUAAAUUGUUUACAAGUUAGCAUGACAGAGACUUUAUAAAAUAAAAACUUGUUGAAUAUAUGUACAGAAGUCUGUACUAUUUUAGAAGACUGAAUCAUGCAGCUAGACAUCUCUUUUGUUGCCAACACUGUGCUUAAAUAUAUUUGUAUAUUUUAAUUUUGUUUGACUUGUACUUUAUGUGUAUUUAAUAAAAUUAAAUUUUUUGUAUAAAAAA